AUGAAAACUACUACUUUGAGAAUAUUCGAAAAAAUCAAAAAAGAGUGUGGAACUGUAGUUUAUGGACCACAAUUAUUAUCAAUGUUGUUUAGUUUAGUGUUUUCAUUCUACACCGCAAUAUUUAUGCGUAUAGUUAUACUUUAA